UAUCUCCAUGUUAAAUAUCUCAAAGGUACCUCAAACCCACCAUAUACAGGCACUAUCCCCCUUCUCUUUCUCCACAACCCUGCUCCUCCUCCUCCUCCUCCUCCACAUGAGCACUGUCCCCGUGUACCCAAUGAAUCAAGCUGGAAAUUGGAUCCCUCUUCCCCAUCCAGACAGGGGCUGGGUCCCAACCUCCCACCUCUGUAAUGCCUCUGUUCUUCCGUCUUCAUUGCCAGAGACUGAACCCUCAGAGGUGCACAGUCAGAGGCCCUAAUCUUGGAUCCCGAGCUCUGACUGUAGGCUGAGCCCUUCACCCUCACCAUUGACUAAUCCUUUGCCAUUGGCCUGCGAAGGAGCCUAACCAUUCUCAUAGACUGAGCGCUAACCUUCGCCAUGGAUUAACCCAGAACUACAACCAAUUAAAACUGUCUGCUCCUGAUUGAGUGCAGGUGGUGCAGAGCUACCCCAUCUCUGUUCAUCAGGAAGCUACUCAAAGCCUCACCUAGUGAGGUUGGACCCAGAGCAAUGUCAUCCCAUACAAAGGACAGCCCGGGGGCCUCCAAGAAUGAAGAAUUCUGGAAGACCCCUCAGUGUUCCCAGCUGUGAUCGUGGAGCAGGUGCCCUACCCCGAAUUACUCCAUCUGUACUCAGGACUGGAGCUGGACGACGUUCACAAUGGCAUCAUAACAGACGGGACCUUGUGCAUGGCGCAGGAUCAGAUCCUGGAGGGCAGUAUUUUGCUGACAGAUGACAAUGAAGCAACCUCACAAAGCAUGUCAGCCACUGAAGUCUUGCUCAAUGUCGAGGCUCCCAACGACAUCCUGGAUGAGAAGCAGAUCUUCAGCACCUCCGAAAUGCUUCCGGACGCAGACCCUGCUCCAGCUGCCCCUCUGCCCAACUAUCUGUUUCCUGUCUCUGAGCCUGAUGCCCUGAACGGGGCAGGUGACACUGAUGACCAGGAGGGGCACUGUCUAGAGGAGAAGGUCCCCAGAGAGGAAAGUGCCAAGAAGACUGGAAAAUCAAAGAAGAGAAUCCGGAAGACAAAGGGCAACCGCAGUACCUCACCGGUCACUGACCCCAGCAUCCCCAUACGGAAGAAAUCAAAGGAUGGCAAAGGCAGCACCAUCUACCUGUGGGAGUUCCUCCUCGCGCUUCUGCAGGAUAGGAACACCUGCCCGAAGUACAUCAAGUGGACCCAGCGAGAGAAGGGCAUCUUUAAGCUGGUGGACUCCAAAGCUGUGUCCAAGCUGUGGGGGAAGCAGAAGAACAAGCCUGACAUGAACUACGAGACGAUGGGGCGGGCACUGAGAUAUUACUACCAAAGAGGCAUCCUUGCCAAAGUGGAAGGGCAGAGGCUGGUGUACCAGUUUAAGGAGAUGCCCAAGGACCUAGUGGUGAUCGAAGACGAUGAGGAGAGAACUGAAGUCACGGCGGCCUCCCCUCAGGCCUCCACUCCCUCAACCUCCUCCACCACUACCGCCCGACGAGCCAGCUCCAGGGUCUCGGCUAGAGCUGCUCCCCAGGGCAAGGGAGGCCCUUCCUGGGAGAAGCCAAAGGUUCAGAACGUUGGCUUACCGCCGUCUGCGAAUCUGGAAUUGGGACUGUCUACAGAUGAGGAGAUCCCCACUACCUCUACUGUGCUGGCCUCUCUCCCAGAGAGCCAGGCCAGACUCACCAAAGCCGUGAGUGCUGCUUCGGUGCCCGGCAACAUCCACCUGGGAGUGGCCCCAGUGGGGUCGGGCUCCGCCUUGACCCUCCAGACAAUCCCACUGACCACAGUGCUGACCAGCGGGCCUCCUGCCAGUGCUGCUUCCACACAGCUCGUUCUUCAGAGCGUUCCGCCGGCUUCGACCUUCAAGGACACCUUCACUUUGCAGGCCUCUUUCCCCCUGAACACCAGUUUCCAAGAAAGUCAGGUGGCGGCACCAGGGGCUCCACUGAUUCUCAGUGGUCUCCCCCAACUUCUGGCUGGGGCUAACCUUCCGACCAACCCGGUGCCAUCCUCUGUUGCAGGGGCUGGACCGGCCGGGCCCAGCCCUCAGCCCCCCGGGACUGUCAUCGCUGCCUUCAUCAGGACUUCCGGUGCCACCGCAGCCUCUGGGGUCAAGGAGGGGCCGCUGAGGCCCUCCUCGUAUGUGCAGGGCAUGGUGACUGGGGCCCCGAUGGAGGGGCUGCUGGUUCCCGAAGAGACCCUGAGGGAGCUCCUGAGGGAUCGGGCUCACCUUCAGCCACUUCCCACCCAGGUGGUUUCAAGGGGUUCCCACAAUCCGAGCCUUCUGGGGAACCAGACUUUCUCUUCUCCCAGCCGCCCCACUGUUGGGCUGACUCCAGUGGCUGAACUUGAGCUCUCCUCAGGCUCAGGGUCCGUGUUUAUGGCUGAGCCUAGUGUGACCACCUCUGGGAACCUGCUGACCAGAUCCCCAACCCCUGCCCCCUUCUCCCCAUUCAAUCCCACUUCUCUUAUCAAGAUGGAGCCCCAUGACAUAUAAAUGAACGGGCUGGGGGAAGCGUGCCUCACCAGGCCGAGUUGAGCAUCCUUUUCAUACGGACUUCCUCUAGCAGAGACUGACUGAAGCAGGACAUCUGCCCUUACUUUUUGGUGGGAUCUCAGUACACCGGAUCCCCUGUUCCCGACCCCUGUCCGGUGUCACGGUGGCCACACCAUGCCCAGUUUGAGCGUCCCUGGCAUCAGACCAUGGCCUUCAAGAGCACUAGGGGAUAUGCUCUUGUCAGGGUAACGGGCUGACUGGGUGAUGGAGGGAGAAAGAACCUCCAGAGAAGUCUGGCUGGGGCCGAUGCAGGGGCUCUGUGGGGGAGAGUCCUUUCGUGGGGCUGUUCGCCGUCUGUGUUCCCUCCACGGGGAAUUUCCUAUCCCAUAUGUGAAUAUCUCUGUAUGUAUUUGUGUGUACUCGUGGGUCUGUAUCUCUGUUUCUUUGGGGAGGAUGGGGGUGUAGCUGUGAGGUCUUCAAGGGUCUGUGUUUCUGGGUCAGCUGCAGAGAUGGUGGGUUUUUUUCUUAAGGGAAAGCAUUCUCUAGUUCCCUUUGGACAAACCAUUCAGUUGCCCUGAGGCUAUGGGGUACAGGCUGGAUCCCCCAGACUGGGAGAGAUGUCACAGAGCUGGAGCAGAUCCAGGGGAGGAGGGUUUCGACGGAUAUGUGUGCUGGGGAAGACGGAGUUCAAAGGGACAGGGUCAGACCCAGAUACGAAGUCCCCACGCAGGGCUGGCUUAAUUGAAUGUUUGCGUCAAGGGCCUGGGCUGUAAUACCAGCCUUUGCUGGCACACUGGCCUACCCACCCCCCACGACCCGGGGAUCCUUUUCAUUAGUUUUGCCCCAGUGUCUCCCUGCUGUCCGGCGUGGCUGGGGUAGCCGUGGAGCAGCGGACACUGAGGCUGCCUCCCCUCCUGCCCGUGCGCGCCCGCUGCCCAGCCUGCCUUCUACUCACCUUGUAGGUUUGCCAGCCCGCCUCCCCACGAUGGCUACCGCAGACCUCGAGCGGACCGCUGGCCCUCAUCGCCGACUCCCACACCUAGCCCUGACUCUACGCCGAGAAGACAGGAGCCGGUGGAUGUGAGCCCGCAUGACACGUCUGUCUCUGCCCGGUCCCCUGCUUCCAUCUUCUCUCUUUCUGAGGACGUUUCAACCCAUCCUCUCCUAAGUGAACCCCUCGGCUUCACUCCUCCUUCCCCUUCUUUGCAUUAGCUUGCCUCUCUCCAGCCAAACUGGGGGCGAGCCUAAGAGCUAAGACGCGUCAGCCUCAGAAACAGUUCUAUUAUCUGGUGAAUUUGGUUAAUGUGAAUCAGUGCCCAGGCCCUUGGCUAUGUCCUCAGUAGAAAACCAUCCACUUGAACUAACUACCUCCCCUGGUUGCUGCCAAGCCUCCUGUGUUCUCUCCCACUUUCUUCUUGUUCUUGUCCCCUUCUCUCUCUGGAAAGAACCAUUUAUGGGUGUGCAGGUGUGUUUAUUACACAUCUCCAGCACUUGGUAUUAAAAUGCUUUUUUCUAAUAUAA